GCACAUCCCCCUCGCACCCGCGGCGACCAAUUACCCCGGCGCAACGCUGAUCCACCGGUUCGCCGCAAGUGACCCGCGCAUGUCCUCUGACAACCGAAGGACUGCAAAUUUGCCGCCUCCGAAGCAAGCCGGGGAACCCGUAGCGGUGGUGGGCCUGACCACGGGCUUUGGCAUCGAGCCGAUCGAUGCGUCGGAUGCGUCGCUUGCUGACCGCGAGCGCGUGGUGGCACAAGU